GACAUUUCACGGUUCAAAGCAGCAGAAAAGGUGAUAAACGAAGACAAAGAAGAGAACGGAGAAAACGGUGGUAGAAGGAGAAGAAAGGGAAGAAGAAGAAGAAGAGGAGGAAGAAGAGGAGAAAUGGGUCCAGUCGAGCUGCUCCACAUGUCCGUGUUCUCUCAGAGCUUCUCGCCCUGCGGUCGAUUCCUCGCUGCUGGAAACAACUAUGGCGAGAUCGCCCUCUUCAGUCUCUCUGCAGCGCUGAGUCCAGAUGCCACGGCACUGAGUCAGAAACCCAUCCUCACGUUCACUGCUCAUGAAGGUCCUGUCUUCACUCUGGUGUCCACUGACUGUCAGCUGCUGAGCGCAGGGAACGGAGAGGUCAGCGCCUGGAGCUGGAGCGAGCUCAUCAAGAAGAACGUCAAAGCUCUUUGGACCAAAAAACCAAAAUACAGGUCCAGUCUUGAGAUUCCAGAAAUCAACUCAAUGAAGCUUCAGUCCAGAGACAACAGUCUUGUCAUCGGUGCAGGAGACAACAACGUCCACAUCCUGGACUUGGAACACGGAGUUUUCAAGUCAGUCCUGCAGGGACACUCGGACUACAUCCACUGUGUCAGUGUGAGGGAGCGGGAGGCGGAGAUUCUGUCCGGGGGAGAGGACGGAGCUGUGAGGAUCUGGGACAGCAGGACGGGUCAGAGCGUCCACUGCAUCGAGGUUUACAAGUACGAGACCUGUGCACGUCCUCAGUACGGGAAGUGGAUCAGCUGUUUGACCACGGACUCUGACUGGAUGCUGUGCGGUGGAGGUCCGUCUCUGUCCCUGUGGCAUCUUCGCUCUCUGUCUCCCACGUCCGUCUUCCCGUUGUCGGGCUGCCAGCGCCACUCCAUCUUCCACCAGGACAUGAUUCUUGCGGUGGGUGAAGGUCCUUUCGUGUCUCACUGUCUUCUGGGCGGCGACGUCAAAGCGCAGAUUCCCUGCUCGCUGCAGAGCGUCAACACGCUGCAGCUCAACAGCAACAGCACCGAGAAUCAGGUACUGACUGUGGGAGGAAGCAGCAAACACAUCGACGUCUUCACCAACCUGUCGUACAGAGCCUUCUCCCUCAGCUUCUAACACUCACACAGAGCGCCACCUGCUGCUCAAAUGCCUGGUUUUAAUGUUAAAGGUCAUUCUGUAACUUUUCCUUAUUAAAAUCUCAUUUAAAAGAAA